AUGGGUCAACGGAACAAAGUCUUAGAGACCGAUACUCCUACUGCAAAGUUCCUCUACACAAUCAUCAAGCAAUUGGAUCUGAAGUCGAUCGAUUGGAAUCGGGUAGCUUCUGAUGUCGAAAUCUCCAAUGGUCAUGCUGCUCGUAUGCGGUAUUCCCGCUUCCGGCAACAAAUGGACGGAACCACAGCGGCAAACAAACCAAAGCGAAAGAUCAAGAAGGCAAAGACCAUGGAGCCCCCUCCUGAGAUGCAAGGAGUAUUCCCAAUGGCUCCGCCACUCAUGAUGCCCACCAUGGAACAGACCGAUUCUUCUUUUCCAGGAAAUCCCUUUAUAAAGUGCGAGCCGGGCACCGAAGGCAACCCACACCUGCAGAGCCUUAUGCAGUAUCCCCCGCAGUUCAUGCCGGAGACUAGCACCGAAGGACAGUAUUAUUUUCCUCAAGACUUUGCCUCAAUGCAGUUUCAACUGGCGUCAGCCAUACCAUCUAGGAUACCAUCACCCAGUCCAACAUCCUCCUCCUUCAGGAAUCCAUACCAGUUCUCGACCGCGUCAGCCGGUUACCCUUAUUCAUCAGCCGGCACCCAAUCCAGCUUUGACAUGCGAGAGUUUGACCAACUGCCUUAUUUCACCAAUUAUGCCCCAACCAUCAGCUGGGAACCACGCCCUCCUUCUCGCCAGGAAGUCUCGACUACAAAAGUCGAAGAAGAGCAGCAGGCCGAGCAGGGGAUACCGAGUACAGGGAGCCAGGAAGAUCAGCCUGCUAUUAUCAAAAAGUAUCUGGAUUCGAUCAAGAAACACACCGACGGAGAAACCAACAAGGUCGAUCUCGCACUCGUGGCCAAGGACUUCGGCUAUACUACUGGAAAGUCGUUCCAGAAGAAAUAUGCCAAACUGAAGAAAGCACACAAUCUGACCAACGGCCACAUCUAUGGCGAUUACAUGACGGCGACCCCCGAGGUGCCUACCCCCGAGACGGCUGCCACCGACGUAACUCAGACUCACCUAAAGGAGACCAAGAAGGCCGUUAAGGACACCUUCAGCGACGAGGCCAAGGGGCAACUCAGAAGCUUCUUAAUACCUUGGGGCGAGCUCAUGUUGGAGACUAGAGCACGCGAGGAAAAGGAAAGUGAGGAAAAGGAACAUGGUGCCACGAAGAAAGGUAAAAGACCGGAGAAGAAGAAGAAGAAGAAGAAGAAGAAGAAGAAGAAGAAAAAGGAGAAGAGAUAG